GAUACUGGAACUAAUUCAUAACAUUUAGGUGUAAGAUUUUCUGCAGAAUUGAAUAGCAUGUUAAUGAUAUUAAAAUAAGUGGAUAUAGUGAUUAAAAAUUGUAACUGUCGAAGUUUAGGACAAUUUACUUGGAUAAAUCAAAGAAACAUAUUAAAAAAUACGAUUUUACGGAACAGAUAUGUCAGAAAAACCUCCUCCACCUUACACAUAUAAUCAGCCAGGUCAGCCAGGGGGAUCUGGUCAACCAGGUCAACCAGGGGGAUAUGGCCAAUCAGGUCAACCAGGGGGAUAUGGCCAACCUGUCCAACCAAUGGGAUAUUCCAGCAAUGUUAUUGUAGUGACUCAGCCUUCAGCUGGCAUGACUGCAAGAGUUGGAUCUUGUAGACAUUGUGGGAUUGGCUAUCCACACACAUCCUUUACGAUAUGUGGUAUUCUAUUGGCCAUCAUAUUUUUCCCACUCGGCAUUCUUUGUUGCUUGAUGCUGACAGAAAAAAGGUGCUCACAUUGUGGUGCAGGACUUUAAAAUCACUACAGCAUGUUUUAUAUCCAGGUUUAUACCUGAGAAAAAGAGAGAUUAUCUUAAACUUAAUAAAAAACAUAUCUUAUCAAGAUUAUAAUUAUGAACCGCCUAACAAUAACUUCUAUAAAUAGAUUUGAUCACGUGACAAAAAGAACCGUCAAAACUGUACCUUAGUUGAAAAAUUCUGAUAUAUCUGUACCCUGAUGAAGGCUAUUGAAUAGCCGAAACGUAGGUCUAAAAUAAAAUUAUAGAAACCUGACCCACUUUGUUUCGUGUGUUUCACUUUCUU